GUGGGCAAAAUAGAGAGUGUUGGCAACACUCCCGUCAAAAUUCAUUUUUCUGAUCUAAACGUCAUUCAACCAUCAGUUGUAAAAAAAAGACGAAAUGGCGUCAAUGUUUCGUUCUGCUGUUCUGGCCGAGGGAUUAAUCAGAAAAUCAUCACCACGGAUUUUGGCAGCAGCCGUUCCAAGCCGUAAUCUCAAUGUACAGGAGCACAUUUCGUACACAUUAUUGAACAGUGCUGAUAUCCCGACACCAAAGUUUGGUGUGGCUACCAGCGGGGCUGAAGCUAAACGCAUCGCUGAUGAUUUGAAGACGGACAAUAUUGUAUUAAAGGCUCAAGUAUUAGCUGGUGGACGAGGUAAAGGUGCCUUCAAAAAUGGCCUCAAAGGCGGCGUUCGAUUGGUGUACUCGUCAGAGGAGGCCGAAAACAUUGCCGGCAAAAUGAUCAAUCAAGUAUUGGUGACCAAGCAAACGGGAGCUGCUGGUCGAAUGUGCAAUAAGGUUAUGGUCGCUGAGCGAAAGUUUCCCCGGCGAGAAUUCUAUUUUGCUGUGAUGAUGGAGCGUGCGUUUAAUGGACCGGUAUUGAUUGCAUCGUCACAAGGUGGUGUUAACAUUGAAGAAGUGGCUGUAGAAAAUCCAGAUGCCAUUUUAUACGAACCGAUUGACAUUGCUGAAGGACUGAAACCGGAACAAGCGCGAAAAAUCGCCGAAAAAGUCGGUCUCGGCAAUGUUGCCGAUCAAAUCAGCAAAACCCUCAUCAACAUGUACGAUCUGUUCAUCAAGAAGGAUGCCACUCUCAUCGAAAUCAAUCCAUAUGCCGAAGACGCUUUCGAUACAUCCAAAUAUUUUGCUCUCGAUGCCAAAUUCCGUUUCGAUGACACGGCCGAGUUCCGUCAAAAGGAAUUGUUUGAAAUGCGCGACUACAGCCAAGAGGAUCCGAAAGAGGUGGCCGCUGCCAAAUUCGAUCUGAACUACAUUGCACUGGACGGUCGCAUCGGUUGUUUGGUCAAUGGGGCUGGUUUGGCAAUGGCAACGAUGGACAUCAUCAAAUUGCACGGUGGCGAUCCAGCCAAUUUCUUGGACGUCGGUGGCGGUGCCACAACCGAAGCGAUCAAAGAGGCGUUCAAAAUCAUUACGGCCGAUCCGAAAGUGCACUCAAUUUUGGUGAACAUUUUCGGUGGUAUUAUGCGAUGCGAUGUCAUCGCUGAGGGUAUCAUUGCCGCCACGAAGGAACUCAAUCUGAAAACGCCAAUCGUCGUACGUUUAUUGGGCACAAAGGUCGAAGAGGCCAAGCAAAUCAUCAAGGACUCCAAAUUGCGUAUUUUACCCAGAGACGAUCUGGAUGAGGCUGCCAAUUUGGCAGUUUAUCUGGCCGAUAUUGUUCAUUUGGCACGUGAGGCGAAAUUGGAUGUCAAUUUUGAAAUUCCAGAAUAUCAUCAUGAUUAAGAUGGGCUGCCCCCGCUGUCCCGUUUACCUCAUACUUUCUAAUUUAUUUUUCCUUCGCAAUUUUUUUUUUUCGAAACUCAGUUGGAGCAUUAAUGUAUCGUUCCUAUAAAUCUAAUUUGUUUGAUGUACCGAUGCGCAUGUAAUUUAUUCAAGAAAAGAAUUCCCCUUACCUGCCCGUGUCCAAAUGCCCAGUUUCAUUCUCAUCCUUAAACCACCCCCUAGAAUGUAGAUAGACCGUUUGACUCUUCCAUAUGAUCGAUUUACGACCGAGCCAUCGAUGAAGACACCAUACGCUUUCUUAAAUGCACCGUUGCUGAUAAACAGCUACCAUUGUCAUCGAUGUCUAUUGUUGUCUUUUUUUUAAAAGAGCCGUGCAGUGCAGACAUUCACAACAUAUUGUUAGAAUAAAACGAUUUUUUUUGAAAUUAUUGAUGUUAUUACAAAAAAACGAAUCAAACGAUGAAAUACACGUUGAAACGAA